AUGUCCAAAGACUCCAACCACACGUAUAUACACUUCAACCGUCCGCGGGACGCCGAUCUCUUCGAGGACUUCUGCAAGGACAAGCUGCCAGAUGACGAGAUCUUUGUGCCCACCCAGAACCAGCCUUUGAACCCCGAAGACGAAGACGAUAUUGUCCCCGACCAGCACGCAGCGUUCGGUAUCCAGAGAGCCACGCAGAAGACCAAAGAGGCUGCAUGGAAAGAUCUUGGACUCUCUGAACUCAUGAAGAAGGGCCCGGUGCAGACGGGAGGGCGCGCAGAUGGCAACUUGAAGGUGGUUGGGAACAGGACAUUGCCUCGGUAG